AUGUCGGAAGACUGUUUGUCGCUGAACAUCAUCCGCCCUAGCAACGUCAGUAACUCUUCGGAACUACCUGUAGCAGUCUGGAUCCAUGGAGGCGGCCUCUACAGCGGCUCUUCGAGACAGACAAACCUCACCAACUUUGUCUCUCAGGGCACGGCAUCAAACAACCCCUUCAUUGCCGUUUCCAUCAACUAUCGUCUAAACGCGUUUGGCUUCCUCUGGGGUUCAGAUGAAGUCGCCGCCCACGGUAGCGCCAACAACGGCCUGCGCGACCAACGUCUUGCCCUCAGCUGGAUCCAGGAGAACAUCGGUUUCUUCGGGGGCGAUCCCAGCAAGGUCACCAUUUUCGGCCAGAGCUCCGGUGGUCUCUCCGUCGGUAAACAGCUAAUUGCGUAUGGCGGACGAGACGACGGCUUGUUCCGCGCUGCUAUUUUGCAGAGCGGGGGUAUGGCAGAAAAAUGGCCUUACAAUAUAGAAGAUCCCGGGGUCUACACUAGAGACCUUUAUAUGAACCUGACCACGACGACGGGAUGCGAGGGUAGCGCCAGCCCGUUUGAGUGUCUCCGCGAGCUGCCCAUCGAGUCUCUCUCCGCCGGCCUGAACAUCAGCAACACGCCUGUCUUCGCCGGUACUGGCCUUGGCCCAUGGCUUACUCAGGUCGAUGGGGAUUUCCUGCUUGACGGGCCGACCGAAUCACUCGACAAGAGACAUUUCGUCCCCGUGCCCAUAAUGUACACGACAACCACGGACGAAGCUACGGCCUUCAGUUUCGUCAGCUCCGUCGACACUGAUGCUGACUUCCGAGCGUUCGUCGCAGCUGGUGGGCCUGAUGAGGUGACUGUCUCGGAGAUUGAGAAGCUGUACCCUAGGGAUCUGGGAUUACCGGCAGGUUGGACGCCAACAGCAGAAGAAGAAGCAACCUAUGGUGCGCAGUGGAAGCGAGCUGUCGCGUUCCAUACCGAUGCAGUGGAGACGUGUUCACGUCGCCGUACAGUGAACGCAUGGACUGCAGCAAAUGGUACAGCGUACGCGGCUAGGAUAAACAUUCUGGCGCCCAACGAUGCGGCGAGAUUGGGGUCUCAUCACUCGGUUGAGCUAGACUAUGUGUUCGGCAAUGUAGAGAGCACGAAUAAGGCUCUCGUCAAUAUGGCGAAGCUAAUGAGUCGUGUUUGGGCUUCCUUUGUAGUGCAUUUGGAUCCGAAUCAUCAUCAUGUACACGGUGUACCCCUCUGGCCUGUUUGGAGCGGUUCUGAAGCAGAUGGUACUGUGGGAUACAACUUCGUCUUCAACACGAAUGGCAGCAUUGACUCGAGAUCUUGCGUCGAAGUGGACGAUUAUCGACUUGAGCAGACGCGAUAUCUCAACAGUGUUAUGCAGAGGCAAAUGUACUAUUGA